CCCACAAAAGCAGCAAACAUCUUUUUACCCCAAAUUAUUUCGACCUAUAAAUGUCUAAUUUUACGUAAAGUAUUGUUAAAACGGUGUGACAAAUAUAAGUACUGAUUAAAUUAUAAGUUAUAACAUUAAGCGAUCUGUUUUUAUUAUUAUAAUGCGUUAAAGAAACUACAGUGAUAACUAAAAAGCAACAGAACCAAAUGGUGCUAACAAGUAGCUAAUAGGACAUUCUGUAUAAAUCGAUUGACAAAGAAUUUUAGAAAAAAUAAAUUAUAUAUCCUUAUAAUCGAGGUAAAAAAAGGAAUUGAGAAUGAUAUCAGGAGAGAACAGUUACAUUUUAGGAAACAGGAAUCAGUAUUCACAAUUCUCAGAGGACAGGGGAAGUAGCAUUGACUCACAUGAAAAUGCAUUCGAUGAUAUGAAACAACUCAUAACGGAAGAAGAAAAUGAGAAAAAAUCUUCCCUGCACUAUGCCAGUUUCAAUUUCAUCAACUCAAUCAUAGGUAGCGGUGUAAUAGGCAUUCCAUACGCUCUACACGAGGCAGGUUUCGGGUUUGGCCUGUUUCUCUUAAUCCUGGUUGCCUAUAUCACGGAUUAUUCCUUAAUUUUGAUGAUAAAAGCUGGACACAUCAGCGGAAGGUUCUCUUAUCAAGGAAUAAUGGAGGCAGCCUUCGGAAGACCGGGAUAUAUAUUAUUGGGAACGCUACAGUUUUUUUAUCCCUUUAUUGCAAUGGUAUCUUACAAUGUGGUAGUAGGAGACACAGUAACGAAAGUCAUAGUGAGAGUAGCCGAUUUGGGACCUCAUAAUAUUUUUGCCAAAAGAGAAGUUAUAGUUUUGAUAGCAACAAUUUUAAUCACUAUACCGUUAUGUCUAUACAGAGAUAUUGCAAAGUUGGCCAAAAUAUCGUUUUUUAGUUUAGUCUGUAUUGGAUUUAUUUUGUUUUCCAUAUUACUCAGAAUCGGAAAAUUAAGUGAAAUAGUUCCUCCACAUUCACACUCAUGGAGAUUUUUUAACACGGAUAUCAUACCGGCCAUUGGAAUUAUGGCAUUUGCUUUUAUGUGCCAUCACAACACCUUCCUGAUAUACAGUUCGAUAGCGGAUGCCAAUGAGAAAAAAUGGGAGACCAUAACGCAUGCUUCUAUCAUAACCAGCUUAAUUGUGGCUUGUUUGUUUGGUAUUGCAGGAUACUCCACAUUUAAAGCUUAUUCGCAAGGUGAUUUGCUGGAAAAUUAUUGCUGGGACGACGACUUAAUGAAUGUCAGUAGACUGCUGUUCAGUAUACAAAUUCUACUAACUUAUCCUAUAGAAUGUUUCGUCACAAGAGAAGUUAUAGAAAAUUCGAUAGUAGGACGAGAUCCAAAUGUGCCAAUGCCAGAAAAAAUACAUUAUGCUAUUACUUUAACCAUAGUUAUCUCUACGUAUUUGAUUUCAAUGGCCACAGAUUGUUUAGGCGUCGUUUUGGAACUAAAUGGUGUUUUAGCUGCAGUACCUCUGGCCUACGUCCUACCAGCCUUAUGUUAUCUGCGCCUUGAGGAAGGAGUCAUUUAUGGAAGAAACAAGUUACCAGCUUUAGGUGUUGCGAUAUUUGGUUGCACGGUAGCCAUUUUGGGCGUGGUCUUUUUAUUUAUGGAUUUAGAGCAGGUCAAUCAAUGUAGCCAUGGAAGUGCCAUGAGCUACUGCCUGGAGCAAAAUAACACAGCAAAUUAUAAUAAAACGAAAGCCUAAAUCAAGUUAUUUUCACUUCAAUAAAUUAUAUACAGAGUGUAAAAAGAAAGGGUGUACCAAACUUCAGUGGGUGGUUCUAAAGAUAAAAAUAAAACAAACAAUUCUUAUGAACGACGCCCUAAGGGGUAGUUAGGUACCAGAUAUGGCUUUAAAAAUUUACAAAAUAUGUUUGAAGUAAGGGCUUUAAGGACAGUAAAGGCUCUCAAGGGUUGUUUCUUCCUCAACUUCCUCACCAAGCACCUUAGGUCGUAUGAUCACAAGAAAUAUUUCUAUUUUAUUUUAAUAAUCUGUAUUACCAAUCACUGAAGUUUGCUACAUUAUCUUUUGACACCCUGUAUAUACAGUUGGUUCGACGAUUCUU